AGUCCGGGCCUCUGACCGGGUGACGGCGAAUUUCACAACGGUGCAGUCAACAGUAAGACUCUACAUACAUGGAUCCAAAACGAGACGGGACACAAUGGCAGUGACACUUCAUGUCCUUGGCACAUUCGCCUGGGUAUAUAUAGUGUGUGUUCGGCGGCCGUACACCUCCAUCCACCAGCAUACUUCUCCUAGUGUCCGCAACCCGCUAGCACAUCUACCACCAUGCACGUCCUCCGAGCUGUCUUCUCUUCAGCACUGCUGCUUUCGGGCGUCCUCGCCGUGGCCGUACCCUCUGUGCCGCACUGCCAGAACCCUCGUGCUCUCGACACCACCUACAUUGGGCGUAACAAUGAGGUUUUAGUACGGCAAAUCGCUUGCGACAGUGUUCCGACGUCUCAAGUCGCCCGUGCCAUCGAGGCCAGGCAGAGCACCAACGCCUGUAGCGAGCCUACCACCACCAACUGCUUCACCCCGGCCGGUGGAGGACCAGACCCUAACGACUGUCAAGUCAUCGCCGGCGCCAUAUCCUUCAACAGCCAGGGCGAUGUCCUGGGUGACACGUUUAUGCUCGCCCCCUCGGGGAGCGCCGCCGUCGUGUCGAUGUCCUUCCAGAGUUGCGAGAGUUUCAUAGUUAAUCAGUUGGGCUCCAAUCUGACGUACUGCCUGACCGACUGGGCUUCGACCAUCAACAACCUCGCGUUCAACUGCCAGGCUACGCAGAACGCACACGGAGGGAAUGCAGUUGCGAACGAUCAGUCAUUUUUCAUCCAGGUUCAGCAUUCUUGA